CUGCGAAAGAGGGAUAUAUUCCAGCCACAUUCAAUGUUACUAACAACGCUCUUUUGAUCAUGCAUUUUAAUUUCUUAUUAUUUCUCACCCUUUUGGGAUUCUCAUUUCGCGCCAUUGUUGCGCAGCAUGAUGCUUCGUGUUCUGCUUUGGAACCCUGCCAUUCCGGAUGCUGUAGCUCAUACGGAACUUGCGGAUUCGGCCCCGCGUAUUGCGGUGAUGGUUGUCAGGGAAGCUGUAAUGCCACGGCUGAAUGUGGAAAGUGGGCCGCAGACCCCGGUACAAAGUGCCCUUUGAAUGUUUGUUGCAGUGAAUUCGGCUUUUGUGGCACUACCUCGGACUUUUGCAAUAAAGAAUGCCAAAGCAACUGCGAUCCUGUCGAGGUAAAAACAUGCUCGGAGAAUACAAAUGCCCUGGACUAUAAACGCCGGAUUGCCUACUACGAAUUAUGGUCGGCUACGCGGAACUGUGAUGCAUUUGCGCCGGAAAACAUAGCCGCUGGCGCGCUCACUCACAUUAACAUUGCCUUUGCCACUCUAGACGAGGACUUCAAAAUAAUCGACACUUUGGGCGAUUUGGUGGCGCGAGUUUCUCGACUGAAGAAGCGAUAUGCAGGUCUUCGCGCAAGCAUUGCGAUUGGCGGUUGGUCUUUCAAUGAUCCUCCAACCCAGCACAUCUUCUCAGAUAUGGUUUCUACCUAUACCAAUCGACAAACAUUCAUCGAUUCCCUCGUCUCAUAUCUGCACAAGUAUGGUCUCGACGGCGUGGAUAUUGAUUGGGAAUAUCCUGCGGCUAUUGAUAGAGGUGGAGCGCCUGAGGAUACCAAUAAUUAUGUUCUAUUAAUGUCCGAGAUUAAGGAGCGUUUUGCACAGGAAGAUCCAGGCUGGGAAGCCACCAUUACUCUACCAUCAAGCUAUUGGUAUCUUCGUGGAUUCGACUUGCCGGGUCUUCAACGUUACAUUUCGUGGUUCAAUGUCAUGACCUAUGACAUCCACGGCAUGUGGGAUCAAGACAAUGAGUGGACGGGCUCGUAUCUGAGAGGUCAUACAAAUCUCACUGAGAUUGAACAAGGUCUCGAUCUCCUGUGGCGCAAUGAUGUUGACCCAUCCAAUGUUGUUAUGGGGUUCGGAUUUUAUGGACGGUCUUUCACCAUGUCUGACCCCAACUGCUACCAGCCAGGUUGCAAUUUUUCGGCCGCCGGUAUCGCGGGAGAUUGUACGAAUACAGCUGGUAUUUUGUCUUACGCGGAGGUGGCAUCGAGAAAUGACUCACUCAAUACUAAUACCUACUAUGAUGCCGCUGCUACCCUCAAGUAUAUGACAUACGACGGGACGCAAUGGAUCUCGUAUGAUGACGAACAAUCUUUUACAGACAAGAAGAGAUUCUUAUCCUCCCACUGCAUCUCGGGACUGAUGAUAUGGGCCAUUGACCAGGAUACGUCAGACUAUCAAGCACUCGGUGGUCUUUUAGGUGAGGAUGCUAUGCAGGAUAGUCUAAUCACUGGAGGCGAAUUAUCCGACUCUGAAAAGUCCGGCAUCUCUUCCGAAUUUGCUGCGUACACUGGGCAAAAUUGCUUUGUCACGCCUGUAUGCACGGACGGUACCAAGGGUCAAAAAGGCCCUGACCAAAUCUGUCCCUCUGGUUACACUUCAGUCUCGACCGCGCAUGCCCCUAGCCAAGCUCCCAAUCACACUAUCAAAGGGGACUGCUCGGAAGGCUGGUAUCGUUACAUUUGCUGUCCCACGCAGGCCAUGCCGCAGAAUUGUCAGUGGAAUGGUAACCCCGAACGAAGUGAAUUCGGUUGCAGCGGAACCUGUGGCUCGGACCAAUUUCUCCUAAAUACUGAUUCGUACACUGACCCUCUUGGGCAUGGCCAGUGUUACAUGGGAAACCGAAACCUUUGUUGCGACUCGGCCGAAGUUCUCAACGAAUGUUUCUGGACAGAUUGUCAGGAUGAUACCGAUGGUGCGACAUGCCCGAAAAACUCCGUCCUUCAAACUUGGCGCUAUGACGAAGAUGGCGGUGCUCAAUGUGAUCCGGGACAGGCACGCUCCUUUUGCUGCCCGUCGAGCGACACGUACUCCAACUGUGCUUGGUCCAAUGACAUGGUUAAUGGUCCAGAUGGAUACCCGAUCUACGAUCCUAACAAGAUAUGCAAUCCCUCCCAGUGUCCCAGCACCCAGGUAGCAAUCACUUGGGCGUUGGAUCCCCCGAGUACUGGCAAGUUUAGCGGUGGACAUAUGCUGGAUUGUUCUGGUUACCCGCCUGGUCCAGGACAAAGCGCCGAAUUCCCGUACUGUUGUGACCCGCCAAAUGAAUAUAACAACAAAUGGCCAGUGGAUCCAAAGUACCUUUGGGAGGAUUAUUAUGAUGAGACGGGUGACGAUGUCCAGUGGUCGUACGCCGACAACCAGGGAAACAAUGUCAAUGAUCACAAGCUAUCGGACGAUUAUGGUGCUGACCCAUAUGGGUUUGUCAUGCUAGACGGACCAAAGGGAUCGCUUGACAAUGACUUUCCCUCCAGUUUCACUGUUUCUAGGCGUGAAGAGCAUAUUCCGAUGGCCAAGCGAUCGCUGGUAACGUCGAACCAGACAACCAUUGACUCCACGUUUGAUCACUCGGAAGAAACCAUUCAUGUUUACUGCAACUACCCAAUGGACUCUCCUAGGUGCCAAAAGGUCUUCUACAAGGGUGCAGUGGAUACCAUUAUUCGGCUGCCAGACCACGUCGGAGAAGGACCGUUUGCUCGCAUUGUUUCAAUGGAAGUCGACCCCGAUCACGCUCUUCCAGUACAUCAUCUUCGCGCGAGACAAAUUGAUCGCAACCGCAAUGAAGUGUACAAGGUCAAAUUCGACUACAACUUCCACUUGAUCAAACGUGAUAGUCAAGUCAAUAUGCGCAUCGACUACACUAAUCUGGAAUCGUACUGGGAUGAGAUGACGGCCAGCAAAGACUCAAGGAAGAGAUCCGUCAACGAAGAACACCUUUCUUACCGUGAUUGGAGAUAUAAAGUCGAUACAGCCAAAGAAACCCACUUCAAGCUCCGGAAACGAGGCUCUGAGACAGAAAUGGCUGAAAGUUCAAAGCCCUCGAUUGUCAAGCGCUGGUUCGGUGCGUUUAAAGACUGGCUCAAUCGUCUGAACACAAUUGAAAAUAAGGAUAUGGGGUUCCUAUCAAUGGCCAUUCGCAAGACCAUUAAGCUGUACCACGCGCAGCGUGGAUGUCAGUCUUCGACAGCAAUGGCCAGCUUAGAUAUCGACCUGGAUGCCUAUGUUAACAUGGAGGCAACGUACGCCUACUAUUUCUCAGGCACCAUUGUGCCUCCUGCAGUCACUGGGACUUACGCAUAUUUUGGUCUGGAGCCAACCGCAUACCUCGGCCUCAGCAUCAAGGGAUACGCGCAGAUGCAAUAUACCUCGGACAGAAAAAGGCUUGUCGACACUCUCUCUUAUCCGGGUUUGAGCGUUAAGGGAAUAGCAGCUGUGGGCCCAACCUUGGAUAUUUACGGUCAAAUUAAAGGUGUCUUAACGGUGGCUGGACAAAUGAACAUUGGAACGCGUUACAAUUUUGGUCUCUCCGAGGUUUACUGGCCUGAUGAACCAGACGACGAUUCGGCAAUUAAAGACCUGGUGCAACACCCUGACGCGACGACGGAAGAGGUCGUGCCCGUCUUUGAUGCUGCAGUACGGGCUUCAGCUGACCUUGACAUCAUGGUCACACCUGAAGCUAAUCUUGGCAUCCGCAUCGGUGGUGGAGGUGGUAUUUUUGGCACAACUCUAGUCGACGCCCAACUCGUUGGCUUUAUGAACAAUACUCUACGAUUCCAUGCUGAAGCGACAGGAGCUGUACAAGGCUCUGGUUCAUCAGGUUCAGCAAGCGCCAGUUACAAGUAUGGAGCGUACUUCCUUUACAAUCUCGGAUUCGGUGGCUAUGCGAACAUUCCCUUUUACAGCUGGAAUGCGCAGUCGCGCUUCUUGUUUGACUCUCCGAGGACAAUAACCUUGUAUGAGGAUGGAGAUGUUGCCUCUGCAUCAACAAGAAAGCGCGACCUCCCGCGGAUUCCUCAGCUGCCGCGUAGGGGUCUUUUGAAUUCUAUCACGAACGAAGAGAUUUCAAGUCAUCCGGAUGCUUGGUCAGACCAAAUAUCUGAGGCAGAGACUCAAGGUCGGAACUACUCUAUGCUCAGGCCGAGAGAUGAUAUAUCUACGACCGACGAUAACGGUCAGGGCGAAGUUUCGGCCUUCUCACUAGCCACUUUGUUCACAUGCCCCAAGGGAGACAAUUGCACUGCAAGCAAUUCAGGCAGUUCAGCUCCUGGCAAGAGGUCCGAUGAGCUGACUCGAAGGGCUGUUUCGUCGGGCUGUGGAUGGACUCUGCCGGAUUUCCGUUACAACUGUCACACCUGGUUUGCAAAUACGGUAAUUACCGGACCCAGUGGAACCACUGCUGUUGAUGGAAUUUGUCAAAACGUGGGUAACUUCUAUCGGGCCCGAUCACUUUCGACCGACGGUAUGGUCCUCACCUGGGAUCCCAAUACUGCGAGGGUAGAAGAUAGACGUGCGGCAACGUGCGGACAACAAGCGUGUGUUCCAGAGAACAUCAAUUACCAGAACGAAGUAGGGCUCGGGAAUAUCCGCGGUGGCUAUGUCAGUUGCGAUGAAUUUCCCUUUGCUGGGUCCGAAGAAGGUGGCGAUUACUUUGGCCAUGUCCACGAAACUCCUACCGGAGCGCAAAUGUUGUGUGCCCCAGUAUGGCAACAAAACCUUCAGGGUGGAUGCAACCAAAUGCUCAGCACACUUUCGACCAAUGUCGCAUAUCUGGAUGAUCCAAACACCCAGACGUCAAAUUGGCAAUCUUGGGAUAAGACUAACACGGCAUGGAACACUGUUCAACAAUCCGGAUUCGGCCGGACGGCAAACUACCCGAACCAGAUUCCUCAAGCAGCCGGCAUAGAUAAUAAUCGCUAUGCUUUAUCUAACUUUAGACUUGGUUAUACCUUCAAACGAAACUUUACCAUGGGUCUAGCUACUCCCUCGGGCCCGCAGGACACCUCUUCUUGGGGUACCCAGCCGAUUUCAAAUGCUAGAGCCUACUCGCAGACGGCGAAUUGGCCUAACCAGGACGCGACCACUGUUGCUUGUGCCAUUAAUAUUUUUGGCCAGUCAGACAUUUACCGCUUCGAUGGCGGCUACAACGGCUAUUGCUUCAACGGACAGACUGAGAGUCGUCAAAAUGGAGCAUUCAGCUCCCCCGGAUACAAUCGUUGCAAGGUCGAUUUCGUCGGUGGCCCUGGCCCAGCCAAGCGCAGUCUUGGAGACUAUAACGGUUGGGAGAUUGAGAAUAUCGAAAUGUCCGAUGACCCAGACACUUUUAUCCCGGUGGACGACAUCAACUUCCACCCCAAGGGAAUGAAUCAUGCCAAGCAUGUCGAGCAUCACUUGCACAAGGCCUCUCACGGACACGGCCUUGUGGUCUGAUCUUGCCAUUUUGUAUACCUUUGAUAAUUGAUUAGAUGUAGAAUUAGAUGAUAUCGCGACUAGAGGAAAAUUAUAUACCAGUUGAUCGAUAUUUCUCUACUUUUUACAGAAGAACGGCUUGGUGAUUCUUAGCCAGUAGUAAUUGCUAUGUCGCUUUUUCACCACAAUCGAGUCGUCAAUGUAUCAUACACACUGGAUUGCGGAUUAUAGUUACAAUCAAAGACGUUGUAAAAUUAUACUACUCUUUCCAAAGCUCAUAAUCAGGAAAAUAUCGAUCGUGGAUCCGUUUCGCAUACUCCACAACCACUGGAAAGCUUCGGAUGACUUUUUGA